UUCGUAAACCCCAAAAACUCAUGAAUACUUUUAUAAUUUACGAAAGAUCAUACUCCAUAUCAUAUUUGUUGCGUUGCAAUACUCUUGAAACAUUUAAGUUCUAUGUCCUAUGUUAUGGUUCAUUAAUACCGUAUUAAUUUAAGCAUCUGGUAAUCGGCGGAACAAAAAAAUGUUCACUAAUCUUUCUUGAAUGGUAUCAAAUGAUCAAUUCAUCGUUAGACAAGACCUCACGUGAAUUUUGUGACUGGGAUAAUCAACUUGCAUCGUUAUAUAAAUGGAUAAGUGCAAGACAAAUGCAUGUAUGGCGCAACUAGUUGCCGAGACAUAAAAAUGCGAGAGUUCCAAGGCAAUUGGGCUGAGAUUUCAGAAACCACAAGAAAAAGCUUUGGUUCUUUCACUGUCUUUGCUUCCUUCCUCGCCACCUCCUCUCUUCCAUGCAAUAUUCCCAUUUUUCUCUUUUUUGUUUUUCAUAUUUAUAAUUGACGGUCUAUCUACGCUUUUAAUAUACUCCAUAUACUUGUUUAAUUAUCUAACAUGUGAGUGUUUUUAUCUACAUAAUUGUUUGCGAAGAUGAAAGGAAAGGUGUGUAGUAUCCAGAAUUUUAUAAUAUUUCGAUUAUUAUAAAUCGGACGAAGUAUUUGACUCGAACCACGUCUUUUUCCAAGAAUGGUAAUUGAGUAGACAACACAUAAUUCGAUUAUUAUAACUAUGUGUGUUUAAAAUAAAGGUCAGAAAAAUAAAUUACUUCUGACUUUCUCAGUUUCUCUGCAUCUGUGUUUUCUGUCCUUCCAGUAGCCGCAUCUGCAACCCUCCGAGUGAGCAAAUUAUUUGUUUUCUCCAAAAAAAUUUCAGCAAAUGGAAUUGAUUCUGAAGCGUAAACUACCAUUGACUGUAUGUAAUUCGAUUUUGAAUUAUAAAAUAAAUGAAAACAUAAUACACACAUUAGAUAUACUACGAAUUGAAAAGAAAAAGGGUCCGAAAGAAAAAGCUAUAACUAAAGUUUGUUGGAGUGAAAAAUGUAACAGAAUUAGAUUUAAAUUAGAUUCGGUUAAUAGAGUUAUCAAAUUUUGAAAAAAGAAUAAAGUUUUACAUUGAAAAUGCUCUAACCAUUCAUUCAGAUCAUAUUAAUUUUGGUCAUGUUUAAUUUACUUGUUCGUACGCCUAUAAAUACCACGAGGACUUGUUGAAUCAAAAUUUAGCAUAUAAUUAAUAUAGUUGUAGAAAGUUAUAUACAACUAAUAUCAUCUCCAACUUUACUCUAUUUUUCACUUUAAAAUAGAGUUUAGAGUAAAAAAUGCUCCAAUGGUACUUUAUUUUUCACUCUAUAAUAGAGUGAAAAUUAGGUUUACUCCAAAUAUAAAGUAAUUUGUUUUUUCUUUGUUCAUCACUCUAUUUUCUAGCUACUCUAAAAUAGAAUACCAUUGGAGCAAACUCAAACUCUAUUAUAAAAUUAUUUUAUUUUAGAAUAAAAAAUAGAGUAAGCCAUUAGAGAUGGUUUAAGCCAAAGUUUGACAUCAAAUUACCGGAAUACUAUGUUAAAUUUUACCAAAAUCUAUAAGAUGUCUGAGACUAUUAUAAACGGAUUGACCACACAAGGACUAGAACUAUCAAUUAUCUUAACUUUACUAAAAUCUAUAGAUGUUUUAAGCCUGGUCUCGGUGCGACAGAUAAAAACUUGAAUACUUCCAUCUUUUUGUUAAACAAUAAUAGAAAGGCGGACAUCUUAUUCAUGCUCGUAGACACUCGUGGUUUGUGUGUUUCUUCUUGUUUAAGCUAUUUAUGUACUCUUUUUGGUUAGAUUUGGGUGCAAAUGUUUUUAAGUGAUCAAUAAAAAUAUACUGCUUGUAACGACAACCAAAACAAAUCUCCCUCACAGUAAAUACUUGUAACAGCAAAAAUGUCCUUGGUAGAAAAUAAAAGUUAAAAAGGAAUAACAAAGAGAGUAUAUAAGUGUAUAUAUAUAAAGAAGCACACCGCCCUAAUCCACCAUUCACAACGGUGACAUUCAAACACACUUCUGUCUCUCUUUCUUCUUGAUUCGUCCUCUCCAUUUUCUCAAUUUCUUUAAUCUCUUUCUUUGUCCUUUCUUCUUCUUCAUCUAUGGACCCUUUACCUUCCCAACAAGAACAACAACACAAUCUUGACGGUACUAUCCAACAAACCCUAGCCCAAAAUCCUCAAUCCGAUUCCACCACCACCACCACCGACUCAGCCUCUCCUGCUCAACAACGCAAACGCAAAGGUGGUCCUGAGAACUCCAAGUUCCGUUACCGUGGCGUCCGACAAAGAAGCUGGGGAAAAUGGGUCGCCGAGAUCCGUGAGCCACGUAAACGCACUCGCAAGUGGCUUGGUACUUUCGCCACCGCCGAAGACGCCGCACGUGCCUACGACCGAGCCGCCGUUUUUCUUUACGGGUCACGUGCUCAGCUCAACUUAUCCCCUUCCUCUCCUUCGUCGGUCUCUUCUACUUCCUCAUCCGUAUCCGCCGCUUCCUCUUCUCCUUCAUCCUCUUCUUCCUCCACUCAAACCCUAAGACCUCUCCUCCCUCGUCCCUCCGCCGCGUCCCUAGCCUCAUCCUUCAUCCCGUGCGGUCUGCCUUUUACCAACAACAUAUUCCUUUCUGGUGGGACCUCUACGUUUUGCCCUAGUUAUGGUAUUUUCCCUCACCAACAAACUCAGAUGACGCAAGUGGGACAGUUUCAGCACCAACCGUAUCAGAAUCUUCACUCUUGUAAUAACAAUAACAAGAUCGGUGACGUGGAGCAGACAGAUGUUCCGUUAGUUAAAUCGCCGUCGUUUCAUCACGAGGUGGCGUUAGGGCAAGAACAAGGAGGAAGUGUUUGUAAUAAUAACAACAACUCAAUGGAGAAUUUGAAUUCUCUGGUUGGUUCGGUCGGUUCAACGGUUGUUGAUCCGGUUAGUUCAAUGGGUAUGGAUCCGGGUUACAAUAUCGUUGGGGAUGGAUCUUCACCGGUUUGGCCUUUUAGCGGAGAAGAUGAGUAUAGUCAUUGGGGGAGUAUUUGGGAUUUUAUUGAUCCCUUGCUUGACAUUUGAUGUACGAUCGAUGAGAGUAACUCCAAGGGUUUGUCAAGAGCAUUGAAGAUUCUGAAGAUUCACAAGGAGAUUUUACAUUCGAUGAGGAGUUUUGCAUGGACUAUUUUGGAGGAUUUUUUUGAUAAUUUUUUUUGAUCGAAACAUAUAGAGAUAAUUAAGAGGCUAUUUUUUUCUGUUUUGGAGAUCUUUUAUUUAUAUUUCAGAGAAUUCGUAAAGGAGAUUACGGUUCCAAUAAAGUAUAUACAUAUGUGGAAGAAGAAGAGAUGGUGGAAAGUUUUAUGAGAUUUAUUUCUUCAGCACUUCAUAGAGCAUCUAAUAGGAUGCACAUUAUAAAUUCGUUUUUGACUUUCAGAGGUUUAGAUAUCUCAUUUUCUCUCUGAGAGUACUUUUGUUUGUAUGUGUGUAUUAAGUUUGAAUUAUAUAUAUGAAUCAAGGCAGAAACUGUGAAAGAAUACAUAUUCAAUUAUAGGUCAUUACUGGAUAUGGUUUGCAUAUCAUCUAUUGAUGAUCCUAUCAUAUGGAUGAAAGGUUGGGUAUUUCAUGUAUAAAUGAGUUUUGCGAGCUCAUAGUUAUGUUUCUGUAAGAAAGAAAUAAAUCAAUUUUUUAAAUAUAAAAGAAAAAGAAACAAAUCAAACAAAAACGUUUUUACUGAGAUAAAAUCAUCUUCAAUCGGAAAGUUUUUUUUUUUUUUAAAUCCUACUCUAUUUUAAACUUCAUAAGGUAAAAGAAAAUAUAAUAAUUUCAAAAAUGUAAUAAUAUACUUUACUUAUUAUUUUAUACUCCCUCUGUUUCUAAAAGAUUUACUAAAAUAUGCAUGUUUAUUAAAAAUUUAAUAAAUAUUUAUAAUUUAAUUUAUUUUUUAUUUUAUUAUGCACUUUCCAAUAAAUUUUCAUCAAUGAAAUUUAAUCAAUUAAAAUAUUUCAAUUAAUGUUUCUCAAAAAUAUAAAAAAAUAAUCUAUCUUUGUCGAACAAGAAAAAAAAAUCUAAAAAAUCUUACUUUCUUUCAAAAAAUAUUUUUCUUCAAAACUCAAGAAAAUAUUUUAUGAGUUCUAGUUAAAACUCUUAAAACUAUUCUAUUUUGAAUUCUUUAAGAGUUUUAACUCUAACCCAACUGCAAAUCAAUGCAUGAUAACAAGGAUUCCACGAUGAUUGACCCUUUUUAACAAACAAUUAUUUUAAUCAUAGCAAAGAAAAUAAAACAAAAACACAAUCUAGCUUAAAUUUUUGAAAAUAAUUUCUCCUAAUUUACUGAGAGCUGAGAAAAUACACAAGUAAGGCCCAAAUCUAUUAUAUGGGCCAAGCAAACAAAUAUACCUCUAAACUAGGGUUCUCAAGGGUAUAUAUUCACAACUACGCUUCAUUUCCUCUCCUUGUUACCGUCACCGUGAAUUCGCCGACUAGGGUUUCAAGAAAAAGAGUUUCUCCGACAUGAGAGCCAAGUGGAAGAAGAAGCGUAUGAGGAGGCUUAAGAGGAAGAGACGAAAGAUGAGACAGCGAUCUAAGUAGACUCAGAGAGAGAGUGACUCGUCUUCAUGAAGACUCUGCUUUUCCAUCUGCUUCCUUUGUUUUCCCUCAUUUCAGUUUCGCUAGAGAUCUUUAAAAGUACUUUCGGUUUGGUCUCGUUUCAGUUUUUGAAUUGUUCGUAGCUUUGUUUUUGUCGGAUUGUAGAGAUCCUCAAUUAAUGGCAAUGCUAUAUGUUUUUAUUCACCA